UUCAGGAACAACACCCCAUCAACUGCCAGCAGUUCGGAGUUCUAUAGAGGAGGUUUCAUCCAUGUGGCUCUACCUGGCUGCCCUGCUGGGGCUUUACUUCCUUCGCCGAUGGUACCAGGAGAGACAGACGGUGGAGAACCUGACGGAGAAAUAUGUCUUCAUCACGGGGUGUGACUCUGGCUUUGGGAACCUACUUGCCAGGCAGCUGGAUGCCCGGGGCCUGCGGGUGCUGGCAGCCUGUCUCACGCAGAAGGGGGCAGAGCAGCUGGACAAGGUUACGUCAGAGCGCUUGAAAACCACCAUUCUGGAUGUCACCAGUACGGAGAGUGUGGCAGCAGCGGCGGAGUGGGUGAAGGAGCAAUCAGGAAGCAAAGGGCUCUGGGGCUUGGUGAACAAUGCAGGAAUAGGUGUUGCAUCAGCUCCCAGUGAAUGGCUGACCAAAGAUGGCUUUGCAAAGGUGAUCGAUGUCAACUUUCUUGGGAUGAUUGACAUGACGCUACACAUGCUGCCCCUGGUGAGAAGAGCCAGAGGGAGGGUGGUCAACAUCUCCAGUAUGAUGGGACGACUGGCAUGCUUUGCAGCACCCUAUACCGCAUCCAAGUAUGGUGUGGAAGCCUUCUCUGACAUCCUGAGGCGAGAGAUGCAUCCUUUCGGGGUCCGAGUCAGCAUUAUUGAACCUGGUAGUUUCAAAACACCCAUUCAGUCAAACACGGUAGAGGGUUACAAUAAUGCAUGGAGCCUGGCCCCUUCUGACAUCAAGGAAGCCUAUGGGCGGCACUACUAUGAGCGCUGUCUGAAAGUAUUAAAAUUCUGCCACUUCACCGGCAGCAGCAACUUUCAACAGGUCACAGACUCUCUGGAACAUGCCCUGACGUCUUGCUCCCCUCGCAUCCGCUACUGUCCAGGAUGGGAUGCAAAACUCGUUUACGUUCCUCUCUCUUACUUGCCAGCCUCCAUUCUUGACUUCCUGAUGAGAUGCAUUUGGCCCAAACCAGCACAAGCCGUGUAGCAGAUUCUAAAUAAACAUGUCAGUUCUCCAAAUGAA